AGGACAGAGUAGAGGAAGCUGCUGUCGGACAAAGAACCAUACAAAAUGGACAAUGAUCAAGACCAUUCGGGAUUUCGGAUGAGACCUAUGUCACCACAAGAAAUCAAACCGGAUAUUUCACUACUCAACGAAAAUAAUGCAUCAAACUUUUCUCCAAAACCUGGCAGCCCCGGGCACUUUGGGGCAAUGGAAUUGCAGGCAAUCAAUGCUGUAGCAGCUGCUGCUGCCAACAACCAGAACCAAAUGUUGCAGACUACGCCACCACAACAACAAAUGCAGCAACAGUAUCCUCCCAACCACCCACUGAGUGGGUCGAAGCAUUUGUGUUCCAUAUGUGGCGACAGGGCCAGUGGUAAACAUUAUGGUGUUUACAGUUGUGAGGGAUGUAAAGGCUUCUUCAAGCGUACGGUGCGUAAAGACUUGACGUAUGCCUGUCGGGAGGACAGAAAUUGUAUAAUUGACAAACGUCAAAGAAAUCGCUGCCAGUAUUGUCGUUACCAGAAGUGUUUAGCUUGUGGCAUGAAACGCGAAGCAGUCCAAGAGGAACGACAACGCGGCACAAGAGCUGCUAAUGCCCGGGCCGGUGCUAUGGGUGGCAUUAGUGGCAGUGGUAUCGGCGGUGAAGACUUCAAGCCAAGCAGCUCAUUGCGUGAUCUCACCAUUGAACGUAUCAUUGAGGCCGAACAAAAGGCUGAGACUCUGAGCGGUGAUAAUGUACUGCCCUUCCUGAGGGUCGGCAACAAUUCCAUGGUACAGGCUGAUUAUAAGGGCGCCGUAUCGCAUCUUUGCCAAAUGGUUAACAAACAGCUCUUCCAAAUGGUUGAGUAUGCCAGACGUACGCCACAUUUUACACACUUGCAGCGCGAAGAUCAAAUUAUGCUGCUCAAGGCUGGCUGGAACGAAUUGCUGAUAGCCAAUGUUGCUUGGUGCAGUAUAGACUCGUUGGAUGCUGAGUAUGCCACGCCAGGUGGUGUUCACGAUAGUUCUUUUGGUCGUCGUUCACCUGUGCGGCAGCCACAACAGCUCUUCCUAAAUCAAAACUUCUCAUAUCACCGCAACAGUGCCAUCAAGGCCAAUGUGGUUUCCAUAUUUGAUCGCAUUCUGUCCGAGCUAAGUAUCAAAAUGAAACGUUUGAAUAUCGAUCGGUCGGAAUUGUCUUGUCUGAAGGCCAUCAUUCUGUUCAACCCUGACAUUCGUGGUUUAAAGUGUCGCAAGGAUGUUGAAGGAUGUCGCGAGAAAAUAUAUGCCUGCCUGGACGAACACUGUCGUACGGAACAUCCCGGUGAUGACGGAAGAUUCGCUCAGUUGUUACUCCGGUUACCGGCAUUGCGUUCCAUCAGUCUAAAAUGCCUGGAUCACUUGUUCUUCUUCCGUUUGAUUGGCGAACGACCGCUGGAUCAAUUGAUAGCCGAACAGUUAGAAGCUCCAAUGUGUUAG